CCGGGUCAGCGGGGAGCUGCUGCCCCGCUGAAUCAGACCUUCCCCUCCCACCACAUGCGCAAGGAGGGAGGCGGCCUGGGGAAGCCGCCUCUGCGCAUAUAAAGCUCCGCCGUCGGGCCGGGCAGCACCGUCGCUCCAGGGACCCCACUGCCACCCACCCACUCGCCCUCCACCGCCGCGACAUGGCCGCCGGCUGCCGCCUCCCGUUGCCCGCGCUGCUACUGCCGCUGGCCUGCGCAGCCCUGGCCCCACGCACCCUCACAGAGAAGCAGCGCUCCUGCCUGCUGCCCCCCGAUGAGGGGCCCUGCCGCGCCCUGGUGCCGCGCUGGUACUACGACAGGUACACGCAGAGGUGCCAGGAGUUCACCUACGGGGGCUGCCACGGCAACGCCAACAACUUCCUCACUUUCGACGACUGCGAGAAGAGCUGCUGGACCAUCAAGAAAGUACCCAAAUUAUGCCGGAUGGAGGCUGAUGGAGGACCUUGCAGGAGUCAUCUAAGAAGAUAUGCCUUUAACUUGAGCUCAAUGAGGUGUGAGGAGUUCAUCUACGGCGGCUGUUACGGAAAUGGCAACAACUUCAGAGAUCUGCAAGCUUGUGUGGACCACUGUCUGCCAGAGAAAACUGGUCCCUCACUAUGCUAUAGCCCAAAGGAUGAAGGACUGUGUUCUUCUUCUGUGCCUCGCUAUUACUAUGACACCAAGACUAAAUCAUGUAAGCAGUUUAGAUACACCGGCUGUGGUGGAAAUGCCAAUAACUUCGUUACUGAGAUGGAUUGUUACAAUGUCUGCAGAAAAGGGACUCAGAAACCAGGAAUCAACAAACCAACGAAUGUAUUCCGCAGGAAAAUGAUGAGAAAACUGAUUAAAAAACCUCAGACAUAUAACCCUAAGUCUUAAAGCUGAUGUGCACUUGGAUGUUUGAAACACCUUCUUUUGAUUCCACUUUCUUCUUUUGUAAGAUAGUUUCCACACAGUUUUAUACACUGACAUAGUUCUGUCUUUCAGAACUGCUUUUUAUUUCCAAAUUACAUUUUUGUAAGGAACUGCAUUUAAUAGAAGAAGAAUGAACCAAAGUUUGGUUCUUCUGCUCUGUUGUUUUUGCAGUAAUACUUUGGCAAAGCCAGGUGUUCAGAUUUCCAUGUUUUUAUGGGGGAAUGUUACUACUGCUUUGGGAGAAUAUUUCAGUUUUUACAAAUAAGAGUUGACAAAUCGAUUGUCCCUUAGUAUAACUGGGGAGAGUACAGAGAGAAAUCUCUACCAUGGAUUUUUUUGUUUUUCUUUUUUGGCAUUCUCUGGUUACUAAAGAAAAGAAACCUUUCGAAAGUGUACUCGGAGGUUUCUUGCCCUGCCAUUUUACAUACUUCAGCUCUAUUAUUAAAGUAGGCUGUCCUUUACAGUUGCAUUCAUAGUCAAGGUGUUAAGAAAACAUGCUUGACAAAGGCAGUGAGUAAGCUACUUGAGUACUAAAAUGAAAAUGUUACCAUUACUUUUUCAUGACAUUUAAAAUUUCUGCCAAGUUGCACUCAAGAUCCUUGUAUGGCAGAAAUCUGCAUAUUUUUGAUUUUAACAGAGCUAUGCUGAUUGUAUCUGCUGAGGAUCAUGGUGUUUGUGUUUAUGCAGUGGCUGUUAAAGCAGAAAACCAGAAGCUUCUGCAAAUCUUGCAUAAUCCCUCUUUCGAGGCAUUGUUGUAUUUCUUGUGGUAGAUUAUACUUCUGUUGAUACUAUUGCACCUUCUUUUACGUUUUGUAUUUGAGCCAUGUCUGAAUUUCAAUUAAAUUCACCUACAAUUUUUUCUAAAUACAAAUUCGUAAGUAACGUUAAUAAAAUGCUGUUGGGAAAAAAA